UAAUAAAAAACAUGGUCCGUAUAUAACUUGAAUGUAAAAUCAGUUUUAAGACUAAUCAUAAGUCUGGUUAUGUCGUGUUGAUCGUUUUAUUUUACACACACAUUUAUACACAAUAUACUGCAGCUCGGUUAUUUGCGCACGCGUAUCCACUCGCCUCGUCGACUCUUUGUCGUCUGCAGCUGUCAACUUUGCUCCUAGUGUAAGAUCCGUUUGAUAAGGUUCUCUCUGGAAGAUGCAAAUCUUGCUCUUCCAACAGUGUCGUUGAACAGCAGGCACAUAAAAAAAUGCUCGUACGACAAUCGAAAAGUACGGCGCGGGUUUGACGCGACCCCCUCUGUUAGAAUCGCUAUUUCCGACUAGUAUGUUUAUUUAUUGGCGCCCGUCCGUAUAGGUUAUAGAGGCAGAAUGAAGAAUUUGAUCGGUAUCCUAAAGAUUCUCUUCCUGAAUCACGCGCGCGGUGUGUCUUACACCGUGACGAUGACACUUGUGCUGUUUUAUUGUCUUCAUCCGGCACGUUUCGCUUCCCACUACACCUUCAUCAAGACUGAAGACAUUUACGACGAGAUGGAGAAAUCGUAUCCGCCAAGGGACAACUCGUGCGUAAUCUCUAUUAGCGGUAGACGGUCUUCCCAGCUGCUCUAUCCGGAGGAGCAUCCCAGGGAGGAUCCGGUGGCGAUGGCACGGCGACUGGGUAUUCUACCGGGUGGCCAGUGGAAGCCUCUCAAUUGCCAUCCUCUCUUCAACGUGGCGAUAAUAUUACCCUAUCGCAACCGACAGAGUCAGCUUGCCAUUUUUAUGAAUUACAUUCAUCCGUUUCUGCAGGCACAGAAUCUGGAUUACCGAAUAUUUGUCAUCGAGCAGAGCCCAAUGCGCGAGUUUAAUCGUGCCAAGCUCUUUAAUGUUGGAUAUGCUGAAGCUACCAAGAUCAACGACUUCCAUUGCUUCAUUUUCCAAGAUAUAGAUCUGAUACCACAGAAUCCUGACAAUAUCUACGCGUGUACCAAAAUGCCCAGGCAUAUGAGCUCCAGUGUGAACACAUUCCGGUAUAAUCUACCUUAUAUCGGACUGUUUGGAGGCGCAAUAGCAUUGACGAGGAAACAGUUCGAAAGGGUAAACGGAUUCUCCAACGUUUUCUAUGGUUGGGGUGGAGAAGAUGAUGACUUUUACAGUCGUUUACAGUCUAGAGGUUUUCAGAUUACACGUUUUGGACCAGACGUGGCACAAUAUUAUAUGCUGACGCAUAAGAAAGAACCUCCUAGCACUACGAGAUUCGCAAAUCUGGAGAGUGGUGCACGAAGAUACGAUACUGACGGACUCAGCAAUCUCGAAUACAGAGUAUUAAAUCAUCAAUUGCGGCCAUUAUACUCUUGGAUUUUAGCUGAUGUCUAAUUUUUUUUAUUCAAUAUCGCACACACAUAUAUAUCUUUUUAAAUUGGCUAUGGUCAUAUAAGUUAAUCUAGCACAUUACAUUUUCUAGAAGUCUGAAAAAUUUCAUCUUACACAAGAUCUUAAACUUAAACUAAAAAAAUCAACGAAUAAAUAUAAUUGUUUUGGCAUGCUGUGAUAAAGCACUAUGAUUAAAUCCCGCAAGGGUAUUUUUUUAACAAUUGAUAUUUCCAUUUCUGUGUGUAUUAAGAUUUGAAUAAAUAAGCUUCUGACAAAUACUUAGCUUAGUAUAUGAACUUGCAGUGUUUUCUCAAUAGCAUUAAUAGUAGUAAUGAAAUGUCAGUAAUAAUAAUGGGUUAACAAGUUGUACAAAGAUAUAGUUAUGUUAGUGAUAAGAGUUAAAGACUGUAAUCAUCAGAUUAUUUUUUAUUUCAGCUCAUAAAAAAAGAAAGAAAGCAGUGCCAUUUAAAGACAUGAUAUUUAAAUAUAUUGUCAUUACAUCACAUUAAUUUUAUAUAUUUGUGAUAUUUACAAUAUAAAAGAAUUGCAGCUACUUAAUGGUACAAAUCUACUUUACGUACAUAGAAAGUAUAUUGCUAUAAUCUUUGGUCAAUGAUACUUACCUCAUAUCCAAAGAGAGUCUGGUCCUUUUAUGUUAUAAGUUAAUAGAGCGUUCGUCGUACUAAUUGUUCCUAAGUAUUUUAGAUAUGAACUGUUUUUGUUAUAAAAUAAGGAUUUCAUAUAACAUCAAUAUUUAAACGUAAUUGAAUCACAAAGAUUCUUUGACAUUGCUCAGUUUAUCAAUGUUUAAUACUAUCUUAUUACACAUAUUUGGUUUCUUUUAAAUUGUGAAUAAACAAAAUAUACAAGAUUAUU